AUGAGCCCUCAUGGUGCGGGCGGCGUCCUGCCUCUUGCAGGCCUACCGAGGUCGAACGGCUGGGCUCAUGGGCCCAACCCUCCAGCUCCUCCAACUGUCUCGACCGAAUACGACUACGGCGACGAGUCGGACGAUCCAGAUGGUCUUACCGACGACGCAGCCGAGCUCGACGAUCUGACGCCGGGGACCAAGAAGCGCAAGGGCCCUGUCCCGGUCGUACCCGGCAGUGAGGCUGACGUCGACUCUGGCCGGGACGGGCUCGACCGGAACCCGCCCCGUUCUGCGCGCGAGGACAACGAGGGCACACCACGCGUCCCUGUGCGGCGCCUUCCUCGGUCGAGCGGCGCAACGCUGGCAGCCCAGCGUCGUGCGCUUUUCCAUAAGCGCAAGGGCGUGCUCGUCGCGCUCUAUUGCGCUGCCCAAGCCGCCUAUGACGCCGCCAACCCGCGCCCUCUGACGCCGACGUCGGCCACGUCGACUGACAAGAAGGACGCCAACAUCUCGUCCAAAUCUGGGUCAAAGGGCAAGAAGGACACAUCGGGCAACACGUCACCGACCAAGAGCGGCACGGCGUCGCCUGUGACUGCGACUCCUACGGCAAGCAGAUCCGGCCUGCCCGACGUUGCGGCGUUCGAACGCCUGCUUCCCGCACUUGAAGACGUGGUUGUGUGGCCGCCCGACGCCCCCAGCUGGCGCGAGGGUGACGAUGCCGCGCGCCCCGUUCCUCGUCGCUCCCUUGAACGAUGGCGCACUGGCUUUGCGCGACGCAAACGUCAGCGCACGGACCGCGUCCCGGUCCACCGUGGAGGUUGGAUUCCGGAAGGCAGUUUUGAGCUCGACAUCAGUUGCGAGGCGUCGACGCGUGCACGUAACCGCGCUCGCGAGCGUGUGGCAUUACUGCGGCUUGCCGAGCAGCUGCGUGCCCUGGUCCUUGCCUGCAACAAGAUCCCCUCAGCGUCUGAGCCCGUGAGCCCGCCACCCACUCCUCCGGCUACCGAAUCACCAGCUCAGAAGCCUCCCCUAUCGCCGAAGAAGAAUACCAAGAAGAAGAAGAAGAAGCGCACGACGUUGGCCAACGAGGGCAACCCGCACCAUGUGGACAAGUACCGCCCCUCGCGUCCGAUCCCGACAACGAACCCCUACGAACCGUGGCCUGGCCACGCAUCCCUCCUGUUUCCCCCCUCGAUGCGCGUACUAGCGGCGCGACCAGGUGGCAAGGACCAGCGCCCUGGCGAAGACGAGUACAUCUGUUGGUCGUGCCAGUACUCGCUGUUCUACGGGCCCGAGGCACUGCGGAAGCAGGCGGUGCGGCAGCGCCGUGCCGAACUCAAGAGGCGCGAGAAGCUUAAGGCGCGCGCGAGAGAGGUGGCAACAGGCACGCGCCCUUAUCGCCCCGGCGGCGACGAUGACGAUGACGACUACGACGAUGAGGAGGAUGAGGAGGACGAUGACGACGACGUGUGCGAGGGUCGCUGCAGCUGCGGCCGCGCGCUGCCCAAGUGCGAGGAGGACAAGCCACCGGACAAGGACGCAGGAGGCUAG